GAUGCUGCACCCAUCUGGCUUGAACCGGUUAUGGGGUGAAAUUGAUGCCAAAAGUGAUUUAGUUUUUUGAACUUCUUAGUCACUCAGGUUUACGGACAAUGCCUUUUUCCUCAAUGUGACGCCGUAACCGGUAUGUUAAGGCCUGGGACGGUGAAUCCAGAGGAGAAGGAACAAACGGAGGAGUUGGAUUUCAGUUUGAGAAAGAAUAUUUACCAGGAAGUCACCGAAGAGAGAAAAAACAAUCUGUUUCAUACCAGGAUCACCAACCGAUCGGUGCAGGACUCCAGCGUGUGAAUUAUGGCUGUUGAUCCGGAAGUGGCACCUGGGCUGGAGCCCGCCCCCCAGAACAAGAUGGAGGACCUAAAAAGGGAGACUGACGGGGUGAUCAUAAUCUUGGAAGAAAACAUCAACAGCCUGAUAAAACGAGGGGACAGCCUGGAACGCCUGGAGACAUUUUCCAAGGCGCUGGAGGAGGAGGCCAAGGGCUUCAGGGCGACGGCACAGAAGGUGGAGCGCUCCUACUGCCUGAAGAACAUCAAGCUGGUCGUGGUCAUCGUGGUGGUCGUCCUCGUCAUCAUCCUCAUCAUCGUCCUGCUGGCCACAGGGGUCAUCCCUGUGGGGUCCCCCUCCACGCCCCUCUCAAUCCCCACCACCCCCAAACCAUAAACAAACACACCCUCACAUAGACCCACGACACACCCUCACGUAGACACACUCGCAUACACAGACCCGUUUGUGUUAACUGACAUGUACAAUAUUGCAGGUACACCGUACACGAUCAUUCAAACAAACAUUCAGGGCAUUCAGCAGACGCUUUCAAUCAAAGCGACAUACAAUAAGUUUGCCAGAGGAAAGAGAAACAACAAUAUAUCGCUGUCGGCACAGUAAAUAUGUACAUAGAACCAAGUGCCAAGCACUAACAAUCGCUAUAGGUUAACCCAUUCCCCGUAUACAACGAAGAUAGCUAGGAUAAGAUGCUACACAAUGCUACGUACUGUUUUUACCUGUGAGGACGUACAACAUGCAAUUAGUGCGU